CGGCGUAGUGAAGCAGUCAGUCCACCGUCGCACGCCGACCCGCGCGCUUGUAUGGCGCUGCACUUUCGCGACAUCCCUAUGGACUACGAUCGACCAAACGAGACAAAACUUAAUCACAACUUCCCCUCUGUAUAUAUAAAAUCCGAAGAAGCAAACGCGUUUACAACCAAAAAAUGACUUUAAAAUCACACCCCGCAAACUUUUUACCACCCUCGAACACUUAUGUGAUUAGCAACUCCUAGGUUCACUGUCCCCAAACAUGCAUCUCAGAAAUUUAUACCGAAACCUAUUUAUACACAAGAAACGACUGAAACUUUCUACUUGCAACCUUUAAAGUUUACACCUUUGUAAUAAACAAUUUAUACGAAUUUAUAAAUAGUUUUGGACAUUAUUUUUAUCCUAAUAGAAGUUACUCUUGGUAGAAAUAAGUGUGACCAAAAAGUUUGAGUUAAAGUUAUACUAAUGACUGAUUAAACUAUAAUAUAAUUAGAGUGCUAUAUAAUCAAGUGUUUUAAAUACAGUGUAUAGUUUAUCAUUCUUAGAAACUAGUGUGUGUUUUAGUGUCCUUAGUGUGUUUGUUAAUGUAAAUGCCACAUAGAUAUAACCUUUGGUUGAAGACAUCCUAAGAACUAGCGACAAAUAACGCGAAGAAAUCCUACCUCCUCUACAUGGCUCAAAAUCUCUCCCACAAAACAUUCCUUACUCCUAUCGCGCAAGAAGUAGAAACAUUCCACGGUUUUCGUUUUCCUAAGCGUCUCGUAUAAGUAAAUAAAUAAAUUAGCCACACAGAGGCGAAGCUAGCGGGUGGUAAGACGGACGCGCGUGAACCUCUUCGGAGGGCGCGAGGGGCCGGCGCGAUGCGGUCUCGCCAGGGAUGUACGUAAUAUAUCCUGCGGACGAAGUAGUUUCCCUGACAUACAACUCGCAAUCGCUGCCACGGCCUCGGCAGCGACCGACGCUCGAUAUCAUCGUCGGGCCGCCGCCGCCUCCGUCCAGCGCGCACCUCCCCCCGACCCCCGCCCCGCCCCGCGCCGUCUCCGUCCCCAAAACGGCGCCCCCGGAGCCUGCGGAGCGCGCGCCGGCCUCGCCGACGCCGUCGCUCGAGCGCCCGGCCAAGCUGCGCGAGCGCACGAAAGCGACUAAGCUUUUUAAAAAACUCGGCCGCCACGACGACUCUGAGUUUGGAAAAAUUGUGCGAACCCCUGCUCCCGAUGAGUUCGAGUUGCCAGCGCCGCUCCCCACGCCCGCCUUCUCGCGGAAGAACAUUUUCGACAGGGACUUCGACGCUCUGUUCGAAGUCGCCAGCACGCCCGAGUUCUGCGCGAACAUCCGCGUGACGACUCCAGAGCCGGACCGGCGGUCUGAUGUGUCGGCGGCGCACUUCCCGUCUCCCUCGGCGUCCUCCCUUAGUCUGCUCCCUCCCCGACCCUACUCUGAACCCGCGCCGAGUUCCUCUCCGACGCUCUCCGCUCGAACCUCCUCGCUCUCUACGCCUCCGACUCAACGAUCAUCGUUCGAAGGAACAAACUCAAAACCGAAGAAAGUUAGCUUCUUCCGAAAGCUUAGUCGAGCGAAAGAUCCGUCACCAGCUCGCACCAUGCAGCAGCCGUCCCUGGAGAUGGCCCUUCGGGAGCUGACACACCCUACGCAUAAUGAACAACUGAAAAAUCAACAACAAGUCACAUUCAAACUAGUUAAAACGGUUGCCGACUUCACGACGCAGAUGUCACAGUUGUACGAGCGCCACUCUUCAGAGCUACAAAUCCUUGUGGCGACUUUCCGCAAGAGGAACAGCGAACUACGGAAAGAGAGAGCAACCUGCCCAUCAUCUCUCUUCCACACAUGGGAGACCCUUCUCCAGGAGGUGGAAGCCGAUGUGGUCGGCUACAGCAAUGCUUCCUCAUCCCUGGAGCGGGUGGUGGCGACUCCGCUAAUAGAGAAGACUUUCCACAUGAAGGUGCAGGCAAGAAAGCUGUUCGCGCAUCGAGAAGGCUGUGAACUGAUUCUCAGUAAAGCUGAUGACCAACUUAUCAAGAGUCGCCAAGAUUACCGAUCAGCGUUCCUGAACUACUGCAGUAACUCCAACCCGACCAACCUCGCGACGUACUACGACUCCCAUAACACCUACGUGCAACAGUUAACUGCCACCAACGCCAUGAUCGAGCAGUACCACAGACAUACGUUACCUACCAUACUACAGGAGCUGGAGGAAAUUUUGACUGAUGUCACAACCGCUGUCAGCGACGCUAUUUGUCAAGAGGGUGAAAUAAUUACAGACAAGAGCACGCACCAGCUGCGGCGAUACGAGUCGUUGUGCGCUCAGGCGCGUGCUGUGUCGAGCACGGCGGACUUGGCCCACCUUGCGCGCACCCUCCUCAACAACCAGCCACCGAUGAGGACGCCCAAGCGAGCCUUCAUGCCGCCUUACCCACCCGAGCCUGACGACCCUCCACUGGAUGUCGCUGCGGAAUGCAUGCCACCAGUGCUGCGGGGCGAGAUGCUUCUAGACAGGAUGGCGGGCGGACAGGCGCGUCUCAACUACGAGCAGCUGAGAAAAGACGCGGUCGAUUUAGAACUACAGAUUAAACAGUUACAGGAUGGCCUAGACGCUCUGGCACGAGUGCAAAGCCGCAGUCUUGAAAGCUGUAUUUACAGCAAAGCCAAUGAAAUACAGGAGGAAAUUUCACUGAAAAAGUACGAAUACCGCGCUACGCAGCUUCAUCUUGCCGCAGUUAGAGCUCAAAGGGAGCUGUUCGCAGCGAAAGCGGACAGUAGUACAGCGGCUGCGGAUCGUAAACUAUCGUCUUCGUCCGCCGGCAGCAUGAAGAACAAGUGGCUUAAGGCUUUCCGAAGCUUAAAACCUCCCAGCGCGCCCCCACCGCACGCCGCACCCCCUGACAAAAAAAAUCAAAUGUACCACGCGGUGUCAACGGUUAUGGCGAUGAGACGAAAUGGAACCGCACGUGACUUGCGCGGGGACUCCGAUGCACACAACUUUCAAGAAUACACCUACAAGAAAAUUACGCCCUGUGAUGUCUGCUCUCAAGUACUUAGAGGACACACUCGGCAGGGUCUACGAUGCAGAUUGUGUAAGAUGAACGUCCAUACCGACUGUCUGCCGCAAGUCGGUAGAUGUCAGACCAAAUCACGCCUCCUAAGGAGACAGAAAAGUACCUCCGAAAUCGAAGCUCAUCGGGUGCAAGACGUCGGUUUCGACGAAGAAAGUUCGAUGAGGAACUCCAAGAGUGCUCAAAUGUUGAGGCAGGCGGACCGCACCAGUCCAUCACCUGCGCCGCAUUCGCCGAGACGCCAAAAGUUGAACCUUAGGAUGAAGAGCCUCUCGCUGGAUUCGCCCGAGUGUGGGGAGCUGAGACGUCGCCCUAGAGAUCAACCUUCGCAGGGCAGCCGAGUAUUAUGUGACUACAGAACAUAUUGCAUGCGAUACGGCUCCUAUAGAAUUAAUAACCAAAAUACUAUUCACCACUUUGCCAAUUCUCUAUCAUCACCAUCGUCGCCAGUACACAGUCGGAGACACUUGAGUGCUCGCAUUGGACGCAUGAGUAGCGUGGAGCUGCCUGACGAACCUGAUAAGAGCCUCUCAUCUAACAGCGCUAGCCCGUGCCCGUCACCAGUGAAACAACAUAGCAAACAUCAGAGACUCUUGCCUACAAACUUGUACGUCAUUCUCUACAACUUCAAGUCGCGACAUGCUGAUGAAUUGGAUCUCAAAGCUGGUUACAAGGUGACCGUGAUCGACACUUCUGAUCCUGACUGGUGGAAGGGCAAAUGCUUGGGGAAGAUCGGAUAUUUCCCAUCUAAAUAUUGCACUAAGUUGCAAGCCGGAGAAAGGCCUCUACAAGUGACGCAUAAUUUGCAGGUUUCAGAUGGAGACAAUGGCCUGAUGCUGCUCCGUGAUCAGAUCGUCAUUCAAGUGGGUGAUGAGGUCGACGGCAUGGUGAUGAUCCGCUCCGGAGAUAACCGCCAGGGUGUGUGUCCGGUCAAGUUUCUACAGGAGGUGUGACGCUUCAAGCUACCCCACUUUAAUGUCAUGAGAAGACGUGGCUCACUGUCCGAGGAAACCAGCAAGUAUUACGAACCGAAGCCAACCCGCAGCGCGCCAGUGACGCCCAGCGACAGCGAAGCUUCAACCUGGUCGGAGACUUACGAGACGUUUAACACGCGGCGAUCGGACAAAGCGAGCUACGAGGCAUCGGCAGAAGGCAUGUGGUGGUGGCGAAGACCCUUAGGCGUGAGAAGGACGACCUGCAGACGGUGCGGGGCCUCGUCCUCUACCAGACCCCUGCAAAUGACCCCCCGCGUACCGCAAGACGAUUACUAUUACGAUCAACGCCCGGUGUCGUCGGGUGAUCGACCUCUGAACUUCGUUAGGCAAUUUUUUCUUUAGACAUUUUGCUGUCUAAUUAUGGUUGUCUUUUUGAGUGAAUACCUACUGAAUUAGACAAAUGGUUAAACUUACUUGAUUUUUUUGGAACAUAUACUGGUCACAUUAUACAAGGUCUCAGUAGAAGGCAUGUGGUGGUGGCUAAGACCCUUAGGCGUGAGAAGGACGACCUGCAGGCGAACCGGGGGCUCGUUUUCUACCAGACCCCCGCAAAUGACCGGUACGGUGUCGUCGGGCGAUCGACCUCUGAACCUCGUUAGGCAAUUGUUUCCUUAGACUUUUUUGCUAUGUUUAAUUUAAGUUAUACCUACUUGUACAUUAUACGAGGCCUGUGUAGAAUGUAUGUGGUGGUGGCGGCGAGACGGGGCCUAUUUUGAGCAGAUCCCUGCAAAUGACCUCGCACGUACCGCAUUACGAUUAUUUCGAUCGACGCCGGUGUCGUCGGGUGAUCGGCUUCUGAAUUUCAUCGUAUAGUGUAAACCUUCUGACCUUACCCACUAGGGUAAUCGACCAAAAUUGCGUUUUCCUGUGCGGGGUCGCUUGUUUUAGUGUAUGUUUUACAGAAUAAAAAGCUUUAUUUGCGCUGCCUACUUGCAAAUACAUGCAAGUACCUAGGUAGAUAUUAACUCUUAAUUUAGAACACCGCAGAAUCACUUGUGCGCUUGAUAUUGGUUGGUUAUAUUUCAAAAACUUCACGUAAGUUUAUCCGUUUCUUAUCAUUGAAUAGACCGACGUUAGUUUAAGUUCGAAGUAAUUUCUUUAUGAGCUUAUUUGAGUAGGUACAUCUACCAUUACAUGUACCUACUAUAAAUAUUUUAAAUGCAAUAGAUGGAAAAUAUUACACACAAUGUAAAGAGUUUUGAGAUAAUUGGGAAGUCAUGGCAAGCAUACUCGUUAUCAAUUGAUUCUAUAGUCACAUCAAGUUAUGAAGGCCGUUGUGACAUCUUCUAAUUAGUGAUAUAGUAUAUGUAUUAUCGAUGUUGAAAUAGUCCAGUGUAUGUCAGUUAAGAGUAUAAACAGUUCUUAGUAAAUACGGUUUCAUAAAACGUGCUUUUUUAAAGAUAUUUACUAAAUUAUACUAUUUUUUUAACCAACUGCUAACGUUACUGGUAAUAAUAAUAGCCCUCCAUUUUAGUCUUAUAAUUGUGAAGCCAUAGUGUAUACUUAUUUUAUCCGUGCGCUAGGCUUUUUCGACGACAAUUAUGUUGUGUGUACAAUUUAUUAUAUAAAUAGGACAAACUCUUAAUCACAGCUGAAAAUAAAGUCCACAUAAUUUUUAGUUUGAAAACUCUUAGGCGAUGGGUUAGACAGACCGUUGGCCUGCCAUACAAAAUAGUUUCGACGAUUUUCACACACCAGUGGUCCUAAUGGUUCACGUUUUUUGAAACACAAACGAUUUUUCAAAACUACAUACAUGUUCGUCACAAACGGCCCUCAUAGCCUGUCGCUGAUAUAUUAAUUUCUACUGUGUAAAAUGUAACUAAUUCUUAUGAUUAAUGAUACUAUACUAAUAGCAUUAACAACUGAGUCUUAGGGCCAUAAAUCAUUUCUCUAUAUCUAUCUCGCUUGCACUUAUGGGUCUUAUGGAGCCGUCUAGUGAAGGGUGUAACAAUGAAAGACAUAUUAUCGAUAAGUAAAGUUUAUUAUCGUAUCUUGUUCACAAAAUUAAAAAAAUUAACAAUAUUUGAUUUAAUAUAAUACAUAUUUCAUAUUACAUAAUUAUUAACUAAAUAAAAUUAAUCUUCAUCUGAGUCUUCAUCAUCAGAAUCUUCGUCUUCUGCCAAAUUUAUUAUAUAUUAGUAUCCAUAGUGCGCAACGAGUAACACAUGAAUGUAUUUAUUUAAUUGCAGUAAACACAUUUAUAGCAAAAAAAAUACGCAAUGCAAUUACAUUAGAAACCGACCAAUCAGAAUCGUCCAAAUCAUUAUUGACUCAUCAUUAGCACGUGCGCAGGUAGCCGUUUAUCGAUAAUUAGGGUGCGCAGGUAGGCGCGCUGCACAUUCCUAUCUUUUUUGACUUUUAUGACCGGACGACUCAGAUGAUAAUGCGCAUACUAUAAUACAACACGUCGAGACAUCAAAAUUACUAAAAAAAAAAAGAUUAGCCAACUCUUUUAAAUAUCCCCUUUCCCCUAUUAAACAUGAGUAAAUCCUCCUCCCUUUAAGGAAAAAGCUUGUGCUAGGAGUGGGUAGUCCAACUGGCGGGGAUCAAACCGUAGAUCUUACAGUUGUGAAUCCGGACCAUUAGUUGUGGAAUUAUUGAAAUUACUUUACCUCACCCAGACCUUCGUUCAGCUGAAAUGUUAUUUGAAUAAGCCUAAUAUAAGCGUGGUCAGGGGUAUUACCACAAGCUCUUAAAUCCGUAGCUAUUCCAUCAUGUUCUGACAUUUCGUACGCUGAGGUAAUGUUACCUCAGUAAAUGGUACGAAUUGAGUGAAUGAAAUGGUUGAACACGCCCAAAAUUGCUGUACGAAACAAACCUGCGAUACGCGUAGAAUCUCCCUCAGGCUUCGUAAUGUCGAAAUAUUAUGGAGUCGCUACCGACUUAAAGAGCCCUAUGUUUAUAUAUAUGGCCCUAGGGCUUAUGUAGACGUGUUGCUAUGGUGUUCUUUGCUUUACGCUUCUAUGGUAUAAUUAAGGAUACCUUGAAUAUGUAUUAAUUAAUGAGUUUUUGAUGUCCUACCUCUAAUAUAACCCCUGCGCUAUUUUACCUACUGUUUUGAAAAAUUUUAUAUUUCUUACGGCCUAUAUUUAUAUAUAAUUAAAAAAUCCUUCCAUAAUUAGGGUUAUUUUAGAAUUUUUUCUUUAUUAUUGCGUAAUUAUAUACAAUACAUAGCGACAUAUCAUUUACAAAUACAAGUAUACCAUAAAUAUAAAAUAUUAUAAUAUUAUACAAACAAACUCCUUGCCGUAAUACUUAUUAUUACUAUUAUUAAAUUAUAAUACUUAAUAUUAUAUUUGUAUUUACCUACUAUUUAGGUAUAUUUAAGAAAAGUGUAUUUAUAUUAAUUAAGUUUAAAUAAAGCUUUAUUACUUUGAUUUCAUAUGAAAUAUUAUUAUUUCUUUACUUUUGUAAAUAUAUAUUUACAAUACAAAUAUUAAAUUUAUCAAAAUAGUACAAGCAGAAAUUAUAUAAAUAAAAUAAUAUCGGGUGUCAUUAAACGACCUCUGCAAUUAUUAGUAUUAAAAUGUUUUGCAUUCCAAUAAUAUUUGACACAUUAUGUAUUUAAUUGCAUUUUCUGUUAUAAUAGACGGAUGACCGAAAGAAUUGAAAAUUAAAAUAAAGGUAUAAGCUAAUAUGUCACGUAGCCAUUUUGUUGGUGCUAUAGUGAAUAAUUAAGCGGAGCCAUUAAUAUUAAUGAUUUUCAAGCCAAAUUGUGAUUAAUACUUAAUCUUUCACAUUUUAGGUUGGUUUUAAAAUUAAAUUGCUUAGUUAAGCGUUAUUAUAUUUUCAGGAUUUUUAUGCUUUCCUGUUUGUUUUUUUUCUCAUGAGUUUUUAGCUUAAGGUGUAAAAGUAGUUAAGUAUCAAAUAAGCAAAUUAUAAAUGUUUAGCAGAUCGUUGUUUAAAAUCUUAGAUAUUUAUUAUUGAUAAACAAAUAGUAAAAGUUAUGUUUUUAUGUUGUUAAUUAUACCAAAAAAAAAUUAGAUAUAAUUCUUAAACCAGCAGUGAUAGAUAUUUGUAUUUUAGUUAUUUUUUGUUAUCCAUUUAAUUUUAAGAAUCUAUAUUGUAGAUGACGUGGAAAUUUAGCAAAAUAGUCAUAAAAUUGCGAUUCCUGCAUUGUUCCUUACGUGCGACCUUUAAAAGGAUUUACAAAAUAUUUACCAUAUUUUCUUUAACACGUUUGAACCGUCCCCUUGAAGUUUAAGUACCUAUAAAUUAUAAUUACAAAAUAUAUUACGAGUAUACCUAUAAAGGAGACUUUACGAGAUAGAUAGAUAAAAAGCCGGGUCACUGGUUCAAGUCACAAUAUUCUUAAAAGUCAAAGUCAAAGUAAAAAAAUCAUUUAAUUCAAUUCGGCUUUGUUUGAAACACAUCUGAAACGCCAGGUAAUGUUGUUAGCUAAUGGCGAUAAUAAUUGUCUCGGUUAUUACCAAUGCUAAGAUUCAGACUUAAUGGCUAGCAUUAAUAAUCUGUAAAGGGUGGAUAAAUAAAUAUUUUCUAAGGACAGUAACGUACCAUGACUACCAUGUCUUCUGUACUGGUAAUCCACGUGCAUCGCUAUUUCUAAGCGAUAUAAAUGUUACGUGGCAAAAGUCGGUGGCCCACUGUCAUUAUCUUGGAGUCUUCUUUAUAUGUAUCAGUACUAAAUGUAACAUUUAAUAUAAGAGAAUAUAUAAUUAACACUUAAAUAUUAAUGAAAGUAGAUAGGAUAGAAAGAAGUUAAUUAGUAUCGUAAAAAGAUGUGGUUUUUUUAAAGAAAUUUCGUUAGACUAUUCUUUUCCUCGAAAGGAGUAAGUAUGUAUUUAUAAACCACUAGUCAGUAUGAUAAUAAUUUAGUUAAAUAGUAUUAACACAUCAACAAAAAUGCACUCAUAUAUGUGUUUAUAGGUUUAAGACGCGUCAAGUUAAAAACUUUAUGGGCUUAAUUUUGUUCAUUUUUAGCUUCAUUCAUAAAUAAAUAAUAAAUUAAAUGUGGUUUUAUUAUUUACUUGCUAUGUACGUAUGUUGAAAAUAACCAAAAUCAUAAUAUCAAUAAUAAACCUACCAAAGUACAGGAAAUUACAGUAUUUUUAUGUGAGCACUGCUUAACAUAGAAUUAUACUUAACAAGUAGGUAUUAACUGAGAUAUUUUAUAUAAUCGUGUAAAGAGAAAGCAAUGUUAUUAUUGGGAUUGUAUUUUAUUACAAAGAACCAAAUAUAAAUUUAUUUAUUGUUUAUCAUAACUUAAAUAUAGUUUUACUUAGAUUUAGGCAGAACGCCCAUGAUUCCCUAGUGAGAUAUUUAGUGUUACCUACUUACCUAUUUAUACUUAUAAAAUUUAAAGCUAUAUUUUAAUAUUAUACAUGUACUUAAUCCAAAUUAAAAUUACGUAUUUAAAACUAUCAAAGCAAGUAUAAUAUUGCGGUGGCAAAUAAAACCCAUCAGCAGAGUAUACUCCGCGCCACGAAACAAGUCCCACGGCGCUAAUGUCUUAAUGACGCCCAUUUUAAUUUGGUAAUGGCCUUAUUGUCGUUGGUGUAAGGCGCUGUCAAUUUUAGUUCAGGUUUUAGCCUCGGGACUUCUUUCGUGGAGCGGAGUUAUUGUCAUCACGCUAAGAGCAUCAUUAAGAACAUGUUUCAGUAAGACUAAACAAAACAGAUAUACUUACUGAAAAAAUAUAAAAGAAAGCUAAAUUCACGAAAAAUAUAUUUACCUAGCAGUGGCGAAGGAUGAAAUUUUAAUGACAGUUAGCCGUCCUAAAGAAAAGGAACUCAUACCGCUUGAUACAAACUGCGGUUUCUUAUACAUCCAUACAUAUUAUAUUAUAUUCAUUACAAUAAUGAUUAUGUACGCAAUUUUAAAUGGUAACCCGACGGAAUUCGGCCUGUAUGAUCUCUUCGCCGCUGCUAGCUAGAUAAAUUAGUAAGCUUUUCAUGUCAAUAGGAGCUCUUUUAUAACAACCUUCUAUAACAAUGUAAGGAAUAUAUUGAAAAUGUAAUUUUAUUUUAGCAUAAAGAUCCUUAUGAUUUAGAAUACAAAAAAAUAAUUUAUAUGGUUUGACCUGAAGAGACCAAUCAUAAUAGAAUAUUAUCAAUUAACUAAUUAGAGAUCAGAUUCAAUAAUUAAAAAUGACAAAUAAGUUGUUUUUAACGUAAAUUGUGUUGAAUAUAAAAAUAUUUUUCCAAAAAACAAAUAAAUUAUAUAGCGCCUUUGUUAAAAACUUAAUUACGCAAAUACAGCUGAUCCUCAGUAUGGUUGUACUGAAUCUCUAAUUUUUUAUUUAAGUAUACCUAUAAAUUGUUUUUAAAACCUAUACUUUUCUGAUUGAUAAUGUAGUGCAUCUUCUAUAAGCUUAUUUAUCUAUCUAUGUUGUAACUAUAACGAAAUAUUUUAACUAUUUCAUAACAGUACCAAUGUAAAAUUAAAUAUCUAUCCAUAGUUGGUCGAAGACCGCACAUGAAAUGUUAUUAUGAUCACAAAAAUGAGACUAUUAUGUAUAAAAAUAUACUUUAUUAUAUUACACUAACUUUAGUUAUAGAUUAAAAUAAUGUAAUAAUAUUGUGUUAUUAUACUAAUGGUGCAUCCAAAACGCGGCUGCAAACAUUUUGACGCUGAAAAAGAUUGGUAAAUUUUUAGAUAAUGUUUCAUAUAAAUGACCAUAAUAUUUGUAGCCGUGCAACUUCGGUUAGUUUGAAUGCACCCUUAAUCAAUAUUCGUCGCUUAUUUGCGUUUGUAUUGCAUUUUUUGUUUAACGAUGUAAACAUUUGUGUUAGAAGUAAAUAAAUAAAGUGUCACUAUUAUGUA